UUAAAUGCGGAUAAUUAAUUAUAUUUAAACAUAAAAAUGAGUAAUACAAAGGUGCCCCCUGAAUGGAAGAGGCGAGUCAAAUCCGAGUACAUUAAAAUAAGGCAGCAAAAGCGUUACAAACGUGCCGACGAAAUAAAGGAGGCUUGGAUAAAGAAUUGGGAUGAGCACAACCAUAAUGUUCAGGACCUUUAUUGUGAGUCGAAGGUAUGGCAGGCAAAGCCUUACGAUCCCCCGCAUGUGGACUGUGUGAAGCGGGCGGAGGUGACCAGCUACAAUGGCAUUCCCAGUGGCCCCCAAAGGGUGCCCAUUUGCGUGAUAAACGCCGUGACACCCAUCCCCACCAUGUACACCUGGGCUCCCACUCAGCAGAACUUUAUGGUCGAGGAUGAAACAGUUCUUCAUAAUAUUCCCUACAUGGGGGAUGAGGUCCUCGACAAGGAUGGAAAAUUCAUUGAGGAGCUCAUAAAGAACUACGAUGGCAAGGUGCACGGCGACAAGGAUCCCUCGUUUAUGGACGAUGCCAUCUUUGUGGAGCUGGUUCAUGCACUGAUGCGUUCGCACAGCAAGGAGUUGGAGGAAUCUAGCCCAGGACCUUCAGUGAAAGCCGAAAAUCCUGUGAAACAAAAUGAAUCUGAAGAUGAGGAGGUGGAUGUUGAAGCUGCGUCGCCCAAACGUGCGGAGAAAAAAGCGGAGGUGGUUGAGGUGGAGAAAAAAACGAAGGAAGAAUCACAGGCGGAAGAAGGGGCAGAUGUGAAACCAGCUCCUGCAGAGGAGGUCAAGGACAAGUUACCCUUUCCAGCACCAAUUAUAUUCCAGGCCAUUAGCGCCAACUUUCCAGAUAAGGGCACAGCGCAGGAGCUUAAAGAAAAGUACAUUGAGCUGACAGAGCAUCAGGAUCCAGAGCGUCCGCAAGAAUGUACUCCAAACAUAGAUGGCACCAAGGCCGAGAGCGUUUCCCGGGAAAGGACGAUGCACUCCUUCCACACUCUCUUCUGUCGUCGUUGCUUCAAAUAUGAUUGCUUCCUGCACCGUCACCAUGUGCAGGGUUUGCAAGGACAUGCAGGCCCUAAUCUACAGAAACGUCGCUACCCGGAACUGAAAACCUUUGCUGAUCCUUGUGGAAACUCAUGCUACAUGUUGAUUGAUGGCAUGAAGGAAAAACUGGCAGCCGACAGCAAAACUCCGCCUAUAGAUUCCUGCAAUGAAGCCAGUUCGGAGGACAGUAACGAUAGCAACAGUCAGUUCAGUAACAAGGACUUUAAUCCCGAGAACAACAAGGAUAAUGGUCUGACUGUAAACAGUGCUGCCGUGGCUGAGAUAAACUCCAUCAUGGCUGGCAUGAUGAACACCACCAGCAGUCAGUGCGUUUGGACUGGAGCCGAUCAGGCCUUGUUCCGGGUCCUUCACAAAGUCUACUUGAAGAACUACUGUGCCAUUGCACACAAUAUGCUUACUAAGACCUGCCGCCAAGUCUACGAGUUUGCCCAGAAAGAGGAAGCCGAGUUCAGUUUCGAGGAUCUACGCCAGGACUUUACUCCGCCAAGGAAGAAGAAGAAGAAGCAACGUCUAUGGUCUCUGCACUGCCGGAAGAUUCAACUGAAGAAAGACCAGUCCUCAAAUCACGUGUACAACUACACGCCCUGCGACCAUGCAGGUCCUUGUGACAUGAACUGCUCCUGCAUCCAGACGCAGAACUUUUGCGAGAAGUUCUGUAAUUGCAGCAGCGAUUGCCAAAACCGUUUCCCAGGGUGUCGCUGCAAGGCUCAGUGCAACACGAAGCAGUGUCCUUGCUAUCUGGCGGUGCGUGAAUGUGAUCCGGAUCUGUGCCAGGCGUGCGGAGCGGAUCAGUUCAAGCUACAGAAGAUCACGUGCAAGAAUGUGUGCGUGCAGCGGGGACUGCAUAAACACCUGUUGAUGGCACCCUCGGACAUUGCUGGCUGGGGAAUCUUCCUGAAGGAAGGCGCUCAGAAGAACGAGUUCAUCUCCGAGUACUGCGGGGAGAUCAUCUCCCAAGAUGAAGCCGAUCGUCGUGGCAAAGUGUAUGACAAGUACAUGUGCUCCUUCCUCUUCAAUCUGAACAACGAUUUCGUGGUGGAUGCCACCAGGAAAGGCAAUAAGAUUAGAUUCGCCAAUCAUUCAAUCAAUCCCAAUUGCUAUGCCAAGGUGAUGAUGGUCACCGGUGACCAUCGAAUCGGCAUCUUUGCCAAGCGAGCCAUCCAGCCCGGCGAGGAGCUCUUCUUUGACUACAGAUACGGACCCACAGAGCAGCUCAAAUUUGUGGGCAUUGAGCGCGAAAUGGAAAUUGUUUGAUUUGACACCAAUUAUAAAAAACAUUUAAUAAAACUAUACAUAUAUU